UGUGGAGAGGUCAAAAUAUCGAUAAUAUACGGAUUCUUGUCGAAUAGUUCAACUAUAAAGUUCUUACUGUGUUUAACCUCAUUUGAAAAGCACGCUUUGUAACGUGAAAAGUUUUCAUAUUAUUCCUUUUUCAUGUUUAACAAUCAUCAUUAUUUUUUAUAUUAAAUCAAUUAAUAUAGUAAUAAUAAAAUAUUGAAAUAUUUAUCGGUUUAAAUAAAAUAAUAAGUUUUGUGCGCAAAAUGGACAGCAACAGUACGGUGCACGUUGAAAGUAACGAAAUUUCUGAAGCCGAAAACCAUCAUACAGAGAAUGGUGAAGUUAUUGCAGAAAAAAGCAAAGAUGAAUCUCCUGUUAAUGAAGAUAAUAAAACUAAGAACAACGAUCCAUUACUUCUAGAUAAAAUUCAAUCACAAAUUGAGUUUUAUUUUGGUGAUGUUAACAUGUUACGUGAUAAAUUUUUAAUUGAACAAACCAAACUUGAUGAAGGAUGGAUUCCACUGUCAGUACUUCUUCAGUUUAAUUUGUUGGCAUCAUUAAGCACAGAUACUGAUGUUAUACUAAAUGCCGUCGAAAGAAGUGAUUUGAUGGAAAUAUCGGAAGACAGGAAAAAAAUACGUCGACGAUUAGAUAAGCCAUUGCCAAUAUACAAUGAGGAGUAUAAAAAAGCCCAAUUAGCAAGAACUGUAUACAUGAAACCAUUCCCACAGACUAUUGGAAUUCAGGAUUUAAAGAAUUUUUUAAGUGAAUUUGGACCAAUUGAAAAUAUUAUUAUGAGAAAAUACAAAGAUGAAAACAAAAAAUUCCAAUUCAAAGGAUCAAUAUUUGUUCAAUUUAAAAAUAUUACAGAUGCUAAACAAGUUGUAGAGAAAGAAUCUGUUUUAUAUGAUGGAAAAGAGAUUAUUAGAAAAUUUAGUGAAGACUAUACAUUGGAAAAAAACGAUGAACGACAUAACAAAAAGCACAAGAAUGACUCUAAAGAACAUAAAAAAAAAGACGUAGAAACAAGUGACAAUGAAAAAAUAGAAUCUGAUUCACACGAGUUACCAAAAGGAUCUGUUUUACAUUUACAAACUACAUCAAAUAAAAUUUUAUGGGAAGAUAUAAAAAAAUAUUUUGUUGAUCUUGGUGAAAAAAUAAUCUAUGUUGAUUAUAAGAAUGGAUCUUCAAGUGGCUGGAUCCGCUUUCAGGGUACAGAUUCUGCAAAAUCAAUUUUGACAAAAAUUACAGAUAAUAAGAUUCAAAUAAAAGAUUUCGACGUUACUUGUCGAUUAAUAGAAGGUGAUGAAGAAGAACAAUAUUUACAAAAAGUACAAAAAGAACUAAAUUCUAAUAAAAAAUUCAAAAAUAAAAAAAAUCGUAACAAAAAAGGUUUUAAGACAAACAGAAAACGUUCAGGUAGUCCAAUAUCUGAUAAUGUUGCCUCAAAAAAAGCAGCAAUUUAAUGAACAGAAAGUACCUAUCAGUUGAUAAUUUUUGUAACAAUUAUGUGUAAUUAAAUUUGACUCAAUAAACUUAAAUUAAUUAAAA